AUGUGCUCAUCGAACCUCAGACAGUACAAGCUGCUACUGUUCCUCACUUUUACAGGAAAGCGUCGUUACAACGAUUCGACGUUAAAGAAAAAAAGAAACAACAGGAAAUUAACAGUUGAAUAUUAUAUUAAGGUUCUGGAAGAGAAUUAUCGGACUCCGGGAUUUUACCGAAGUACAUACGUGUAUAAACGCAACAUUUAUUGACUGGAUAGGGAGUUCCCAAUAGGGUUCUUCAAUCCCGUAAUCCCGACUCCACAUUUCGUGCAAUCACGUAAUCCCAAUGUUUCUUUUUUUUCGGCAUGCCACCUCCAGCGAUAGUUUCAAUCCCGAAUCUCGCCCGGAUUUUUUCUUUAAAAUCCCGAAUCCCGAGAUUCAAACAAGAGAAUUCCCGGAUCCCGAAAGAUCUCUUAAACACUAUCUGGGUAGGGAUUUUGCCGGUCGGAAAACGGGACUCGGCAAAGUCUCGGCCAGGGAUGCGUUACGGAAAAGAAAAUGGUGUUUGCAAUAGAGAUGAUGAUUGUCGCAAAAAAAAAAUGAAUCUGGAAUGCGGGAUCAGAUGCCUCUUUCCAGAAGCUGUAACAACCAUGCUUUCCUUUCCGUCUUGAAAUUCGGAAUCCAUGGAAAUAAGUAGUUUUGGUUUGUGCUUCUGUUUUUCUUUUCACAGGAGAAGAAGCAGCCUUCUGUACAGUGUGCCGACAACAAAUGUGAGUGGCGCCAAAUCUGAGACAACUGAAAAAGGUACACACCGAAUUUGAAGAAAACGAAAUCUGGGAAAACUUCUGUCAAGAGAGUGAUGUGGGUUGUAUGUUACAAGCUAAACAUUCAGCUGGCAUUUCGGUUAGUCAUCUUGUUCACUACCUCGGUCAUUACUUAUGUUUUGAUUUCUCAAGAACAAAUUCUCUACCGUAGUUUUGCCGCUGACAAGGAGCCGUCCCACAAUAUUUUCAACAACAACACGCAACCAUUAACCCCAUUGAAACUGAGCAAACGCAGUGCAUCCCAGGCCAAAGAGUGGGGAAGCAUUCCACAUCGAACGUAUUUGAUCUCACGCACACCAUGCACCCAAACAAUAUUCCUUUUGAUUGUGGUGGCAUCAGCUCCUGGUAAUUUUGAUGCAAGAGCUGUUAUUCGAAGAACAUGGGGAAGUGAUACGUAUCUAGAAAAACGAUGGACAACCGUGUUUUUAAUCGGCCAAGCCAAAGAUAGGAACCAGAAUAAUUAUUUGGACGCUGAAGCUGUGAUAUACGGAGACGUUAUACGAGGGAGUCACAACGAUCAUUACUACAAUCUAACCCUGAAGACACAAAUUGGUAUAGAGUGGGCAGCAAGAUACUGUGAUUUCAGAUUUCUGUUGAAAGUGGAUGAUGACGUCUUUGUCAGCCCUCGAAACCUGAUUGGUUAUCUGAAAAGGCCUGAGACCCCAAACGCCAACCUUUAUAUGGGAUAUUGUUUCUACAAGGCACGUAUAUACCGUUUUGGUAGAUAUGGUGUAUCCAAGGAAGAGUACAAUAAAACUAAAUACCCAGAUUACUGCAACGGACCAGCAUAUCUAUUGUCAUCAGAUCUGGUAGACAAGCUUGCAGAAUUGCUUGACACCAAGAAUGUAUUUAAAAUGGAGGACGUUUACGUAGGAUUAUUACUAGAGAACAUAGGGGGAGUGAAAGCCACCCACCAUUCAGAAUUUCUAACUCGACGACAUUAUUCAUGCUCUCACUUCCCAAAUAUGUUUGCCUAUCACAACUCGGAUCACCGCUUAAAGUGCCUGGAGGAACUGUUUGAACAAGAGACAAAGAAAACGUUUGAGUACGAACUAAAUGAACUUUCCAAAGUCAAAGCGUAG